UUCGAGUUUCAACCCAUAAACAUCCUUAUCCUCUCUCUUUCUUUGUAUAAAUACAGACAUGAAAUCACAAGUUCAUCAAAUGGGUAUGUCCAAUUUCGCGUUUUUCCACUCACCCAUCUUUUAGUUUCUAGCCUUUCACUCCCCAGAUACGGUCUCAUCCAUCCAUGGCUUCCAUUUCUCCACCCACUCCUCACCAUCUCUUCUUCUCCACUCCCAAAUUCCAUUCCCCAACUCCAUUUCUGAAACCAUAUUCAUCUUCUGCACCUCCUCCGCCAUCCCAAUUCCAUACCAUCUGCCACUGCCACAACCCUGAUUCUCCCUCUCCCUCUGAUCCUUCCCCUCCAUGGGGUUGGGGCUCUUCACUUCAAGACCUCUUUCAAACUGCCGUUAGACGCUUCGACUCUCUCGUGAACCACCGUAGCGACGGCGAAAAGGACAAUCGUUCUGACGGUGGGGUUCUGCGCGAGAAAGAUGUGGACGAUGAUCGGAGCUGGGAUUGGGAUCGCUGGCGCAAGCAUUUCGAUGAGGUCGACGAUCAGGAGCGCCUCGUUUCUUUUCUUAAGUUGCGCUUAAGUCAUGCGGUAUAUGCAGAGGAUUAUAAGGAUGCUGCUAAACUCAAGGUGGCGAUUGCGGCUUUGGCUACAAACGAUACUGUUGGCAGAGCGAUGUCUCAUCUUCAUAGAGCUAUAGAGGAGGAGCGGUAUCGGGAUGCAGCCUUCAUUCGGGACAAUGCCGGUGCUGGGUUGGUUGGCUGGUGGUCUGGCACUUCAAAAGAAAAUCACAAUCCUCGUGGUCUAAUUAUUCGAAUCACUGCUGAACAUGGUAGAUACAUUGCAAGAAGUUACAGUCCUCGGCAGCUUACUACGGCUGCAGAUGGUGUUCCCUUGUUUGAGAUUUUUCUUAGAGUGAAUAAAAAGGGCGAAUACAAACAGCAGGCUGUGUACUUGAAGCGGAAAGGAGUUUUCUCCGAUAGUUCAAAUGGUUCAUCUAAAGGAAUAGAUUCACCUAGUCUAUCGAAUCCCUUAGACCCCGUUGAAGAAAAGGAUGAUCUUUUCAUCGUAGGUGGCGAAGAAGCCGAAGAUGGUGACAUCAGGAAUGGAGACUCUGAUAUAGCUGUUGGAUUUCCCGUUUUUCAGGAUAUUUUGAGAGAUAUGAUUCCUGGUGUGAAGGUCAAGGUUUUGAAGCUGACUACCCCUGGAAAGAUGGACAAAGACAUGAUAUCUAAGGUGAUCGAGCAAAUAAUCGAGGAGGAAGAAGACGAAGAAGAGGAAGACGAGGAGGAUGGAGAAAGUGAGAAAGAUAGCGACUUUGAAGAGUUGGAAGUAGAAGCUAAGACGAAGGAUGGCCAACAAGAGAGAGAUGCUGAAUUGGAUGUUGAUGACGGUUUCCUUGAAAAUCAGGGACGAAACGAACUUGCUGUCAAAAUCAUUGUUAGCGGCUUAGUUCAGAAGCUUUCUAGUGGGUUUUCUUCUAAAAAUGUACUCCGAGUACCUGCGAAGUUAGAAAAGAAGGGGCGUUAUUCAUUUUCUUUCUCUAUUGAGAAUGAUGUGAACAAACAGGAAUCGAUCGAAAGGGAACUAAGUCCAAUGGAUAGGAAGCCCAAGCCUCGAGGUCAAAGUAGUAUUGACCAUGUUAUGCUCGAUUUAGCCAAAUUCGUCGGCAAAGAAAAGAUACCGUUGAAGGUACUUAAAGAUUUGAGUGAGUUAAUAAAGGUAUCCAUCAGCCAGGCACAGAACUAUCAACCUCUUUCUGGAUCGACGAGUUUCAAUCGCAUUGAAAUACCGACUUCUUCCGAUCCUCUAAAUGGACUGUACAUCGGCGCACAUGGAAUAUAUACAUCAGAAAUUAUUCAUCUACGACGCCAAUUUGGUCGAUGGCAAGAGGACGGAGGAGGGGAUAAGGAGCCUUCAAAGCUUGAGUUUUAUGAAUAUGUAGAAGCCUGGAAAGUUAUUGGGGAUCCAUAUGUACCAGCUGGAAAGGUGGCGUUUCGUGCAAAGGUUGGAAAAGGAUACCAGCUUCCUCAUAAAGGGAUCAUUCCCGAAGAAUUUGGAGUGAUUGCUAGAUAUAAAGGACAAGGAAGGCUAGCUGAGCCAGGCUUUCGCAAUCCUCGAUGGGUCGAUGGCGAACUUGUUAUUCUUGAUGGAAAGUACAUCAAAGGGGGACCUGUUGUUGGAUUUAUUUAUUGGGCACCUGAAUUUCAUUUCCUGGUGUUUUUCAAUCGGCUGAGGCUACAAGAGUAGAUUUCAUUUUAUUUUAAACUGAAAUCUCAAGUUCGUCCAUUCAUUUGUGCUUCCAUCGAUUCUGUAAGGUUAUAGCAAUUUCAGAUGUUCUAAAGCCCUUGUUUAAAGAUAAGCAGUGUUGCAAGCAAAGCGAGCGAUUUUGUGUUUAUCCAACCUGAUCACCAAAGCUUGGUUCAUGCCAACGCUCGAGUCUCGUAAUCACUUCUCCUUCUCCGGGCAAUUCUUUCCAUGCUUGUACAUAUUAUUAAUCUGUUCUGUUGCUUAAUCAAUUCUUAACCAUCAAGUUUUGUGGUGAUAUAUAAAAACAAUGCUUGUGAUAUCAUUUGCUUUAGCUGUACUUAUUUACAGUUGUAGAUAUAGAUAUCAUUUUUAAGACAAGAUAUCCAGUUUGGAGUCUGGAACAAGAACACCAUUAGAUUCAUCUGUUCAUACCAUGACAACUGUUGUAUUAGUAUGAACACAAUGUUUACCCCUUUUGUAAUCUUCUCUCCUUGUUUAUAUUCAUCUUUGGUUUCUGCAGAGAUAUAUA